AUGCCUCACCCUGCAGAUAGACCACGACACGAAUCGAAGAGACGGAGAAAGGCGGCGGAGAAAGCAAACAAAGGAAGCGGCUUCGAUCAGGUCCUUCAGCUUGAUAUCGACAACCUGCUGAAGAAGAGCAGAGAAGAGAAGGACCAAGAUGGCGAGCAAGCGACUGGCGCAGUGCAGCUGCCCGAACCAUUUACAGAGAUUGAAGUGAAGAUCACAGAGCUGUCCUCGACUGGAGAUGGUCUUGCGCUCACUGAUAACGGCGACCAUGUCUACGUUGUGCCAUUUACCGUUCCUGGAGACAAGGUCCUCAUCAAGGUCAUCAGACACUUCCGAGAUCUUUCCUAUAGCACGGCGGACUUUCUGAAGGUUAUCGAACCGGGCCCUCAAAGGAACGAUUCUCUUAUAGGAUGCGGCUAUUUUGGAAAAUGCUCUGGGUGUCAAUUGCAAAUGCUGCCGUAUCAGGAACAACUCGCCCACAAGAAGAAAAUCGUCGAGAAGGCAUAUGCCAACUUUUCUGGUCUGAUCCCGGAACUAGUGCCUGCUAUCGAUGAUACCUUUGGCUCUCCUCUGCAGUACGGCUACCGGACGAAGCUCACGCCGCACUUCACCACACCUGGAGGAUUCUCCCGGAACAAGAAAAACAAUAAACCUAAGGACCCUGCUGAUAUUGAGAUCCCCCCAAUUGGAUUCACAAUGAAGAACCGACGAACCGAUAUGGAUAUUGAGGAUUGCCCUCUGGGAACAGAUAUCGUGCGCAGGGGUCUUAAGAGGGAAAGGAAGAGGGUUAUAGAGAACAUCCAGGAGUUCUCCAAGGGAGCCACGCUCCUUAUGCGUGAGUCUACGACACGCGUGAAGAAGGAAGCGGCGAACAACAAAGAAUCGAACGGGACAGCAAAGCAACCGGUCGAACAGAAGGAUGGCCAAACGUCGAAUUCCAAAGAUGAUGAAGACGUUAUCCGUAUUGAGCACCCGGAUUAUAUCGAAGAGAAACGCUGCAUCACUGACAACAAUGCUACCUCUAUCGAAUAUAUCGACGAUUUCAUCUUUACGAACAAAGCUGGCGCUUUCUUCCAGAAUAACAACUCCAUCCUCUCCGGUUUCACCGAGUACAUCCGCCAACACGUCCACCCCAAGAAUCCCCGCCCCGACGAGAAGCCCAUCAAGUAUCUCCUCGACGCAUACUCUGGCUCUGGCUUGUUCACCAUCACCCUGUCUACCCUCUUCAAAUCCUCCCUAGGUGUUGAUGUUGCAGGCGACUCCAUUGCCUCCGCACGCCAGAAUGCCCGCGCCAACAAUCUCAGCAACACCGGCUUCGCAGCCGCAGAUGCAACCACCCUCUUCAAGGAUGUCCCCUAUCCUGCCGACCAGACACUGCUAGUCAUCGACCCUCCCCGCAAGGGCUGCAGUGAUGACUUUCUCAAUCAGCUACUCGAGUACGGCCCCAGACGCGUCGUGUACGUGAGCUGUAACGUCCACACGCAGGCCCGUGAUGUCGGUGUCAUGGUCCAAGGAGACAAGGAGGGCAAAUGCCGUUAUGAGAUCGAGAGUAUUCGAGGCUUUGACUUCUUCCCGCAGACGGGACAUGUCGAGGGCGUGGCCAUCCUGAACCGGGUACAUGAGCCAACUGCUGCUCCGACUGUUUCCAUCGAGUCAUAG